UCAAUCAAGCAGAGCAUCACGAAGCCGAGGCUCAGAUAAAGACCAGAGGACACUGUGCUGUUAGGGAGUGGUCAGAGCAAUAUGGCUGUAACAACCACAACACACACACUGUUAUGAAUAUUUAACCUGGAAACCAUCUCAGCAUGGAUUAGCAAGGAAACUGCCCAAUGACCUGCCUAAUUGCAUAACUUGUUUAGAUAGAAGAUCAGCAUUCACUACACUAUCAGCGUCUGCAGCAUGUUGUUCAUAUAGUCUCUAUAUUACUGUUUUAUAUUCCAUGUUUUGCAGUGAAUAAAUACAUAGUUAGUGUGUUCACUGCUGAUAUGAAGGGAAGUGGCACUGAUGCUGAUGUCUUCCUAAAUAUCUUUGGAGAGACUGGUGACACAGGUAGGCCUGCAACACAUUAUUUUUUCAUUGUUGAUUAUAUCUUGUAUUUUUAUUUAUUUAUUUAUUAAUUGAUUACCAGAUAAUGGAAAAAUGCUUAAGCAGAUAUUAGAUUUAAAGUUACACAAACAGAGAAAAAUAGUAAAUCUUACCAUGUAAGAAGCUGCAAGCAUUUGCUGGUUGCUUGAUAAACAGUCAAUUGAAUAUCAAUUACAUGCCAUUAAGUUUCCGUUGAUCAAAUAACCCAUAGGUGACUCUUAUGUACAACUCUUUACAGCUGUUACAUUAAGCCACUGCCCAUCCUUGACAAAUAGUGUUGUCUAUUCAUUGUUAAUGACUGUAGCCGCUUCCUCACUGUGAUUUCAAUGUUUGAUUCUGAUUCUUAAAUUCUUUCAUGAAAGGCGAGAGACGACUGGACAGUGACAAAGAUAACUUUGAACGGGGAUCGGAGGACAAGUUUACGAUAGAGGCUCCAAACCUGGGAAGGCUGAGGAAAAUCACCAUCGGUCACAACAACAGAGGUUCAUCGGCUGGGUGGUUUCUGGAUAAGGCAUGUACAGGCUACACACUCUUACAUACAUAAUCUAAACAGAUGUGCACACAUACAUAAAAAGCGUCAUGAUAGAGCAUACUGUUUCUCUACAGGUGGUGAUCGAUGACAUGGGGAAUAAAGAAGUGUAUGAGUUCCCAGUUAAUCGCUGGUUUGCUAUGGAUGAAGAUGAUGGCAAAAUACAGAGAGAUGUGUUGGUUGGAUCAGUGCAACCAAUGGGAAUUAUAUACAAUGUACAAGUGAUGACUGGAAAUGUGAGGGGUGCAGGCACCAACUCUAAGAUCCACAUGGUUAUGCACGGCUCCAAGGGCUUAAAAAACAGUGGCAAAGUCUUCCUGGAGGGCGGUGCUUUCGAGCGCGGUCUCAUCGACAUUUUCAACGUGGAGAUUUGUGAACUGAUCAGCCCGCUCAGCCGGGUAACCAUCGGGCACGACAAUGGGGCCGUUGGUGCCGGGUGGUACUGCGAAAAGGUACUUCACCUUUCUUAUUGGUUACAGAUUGAUUCUCAAAGUGCCGUUCACCCACCGAGCACCCGUUUCCCUUCCAGGUGGUGAUAUACUGUCCUUUCACGGGCAUUGAGCAGACAUUUCAGUGCGGGAUGUGGCUGGACGAGGACGAGGGGGACGGACUGAUCGAGAGGGAGCUGUAUGAGAUGGU